GUUGUCGGUGAGAAAUAAACCUGCCACCUAGAAAUAUUCUGCCAAAGUCUACUCUACUUCCAAUGCUCCAAUAUUUCAAUAUGCUCCAAUAUGAGGAUGGCACAAGAAUGGUCCUGUGACUGUGAAAGUGACCGUAUCCGCAAGCGCAACCUGACUUAGCUCCCGUCACAAGUGUAUAUCAACCAAAUUUAUUAGCCGAUACCUACCACGUUCGGCACCUCCUUCAGCAUAUCCUCCAGCACGUCCUCCAGCACGUCCUCCCUAUAGUUCAUCCGACCUCAUAAGAACUUGACCCUUGACCCUUGACCUACUUCGAAAAUCUCCGACCUAUAUCUGCGACUACUCGCUGAUGUCUUGGACAGCAUGUCCUUCUUCUCUAUCCUAACCUACUUCAUCGGGGGUUAUACCACCCUCGUUCUCGCCUUAUACAUGCUCUCCUCCGUCGUGCCCGUAGCGGCCUUCGCAGCCCGAACCCUCGCCGGCUAUAUCUCGUUAAUAAUAUGCGCCAUCUAUGGAGCCAUAGCAUCUAUAAUAUUGAGAAUACUUGGUCGCGAGCAGAUCGCGCAGUGGACUACGGCGCGUGCAUUCAAAUAUAUCAUGGCCGCCACCACCGGUGUUACUUUCGAGAUUAUCGAUCCCAACCGAUACCUCGAGACAGUACGACCGGCCGUAUUUAUCGGGAACCAUCAAACUGAGUUGGAUGUUCUCAUGCUUGGGUGUAUGUUCCCCAAGUACUGCAGCGUAACUGCGAAGAAGGCGCUGAAGAAUGUACCAUUCCUGGGAUGGUUCAUGUCCUUGAGUGGCACAAUCUUCAUUGAUAGAAAGAAUUCGAAAGAUGCGAGGGGCGCGAUGGCUGGUGCCGCCAAAGAGAUACAGGAGCGAAAACAGAGCGUCUACAUGUUCCCCGAAGGCACCCGUAGUUAUUCGAAGGAACCCGACCUUUUACCCUUCAAGAAGGGUGCUUUUCAUCUUGCCGUCCAAGCUGGCGUGCCAAUCGUCCCGGUCGUAUCAGCAAACUACUCCCAUGUGCUCUACAUUAAGGGACUUGUAUUUAAGUCGGGGAAGAUUCCGGUGAAAGUUCUUGACCCUAUUUCUACCGUUGGGCUGAAACCUGAGGAUGUCGACGAGCUUACUCGUAGUACUCGGGAACUUAUGCUUAAUGAGAUAGUAGCGUUAACCCAGAAAGUUCGAAAUAAAUCUAUCGCAGUACCUGCUACAAACGGCGAUGGUGUCGUCAGAGCUAGUGGAGCUGAAGCAACAUUGUCGUGACGCAUGACGGCAUGUAAUGAAGCUCAGUGGCACCGGACUUCCGAUCGUCAUCUUUUCUAGCUCUACGGUAUAGUGUGCUGUUACCUGCUCUAUAAGCGGUAUGAGAGCUAGUGCUGGGUGUUGUUGCAUGAGAGAGGUCUCUCAAAGUACGAAUGGUGCAUGUGCAUUGAUUGAUACCCCUAUAGACCAAGUCAUUAUAAAUGCACACCUUGAGAGUCGUCCAAACAAGGCUCUAGGGCAUAUAGGAGAAACGCUCGGCAAGGUCCGGUAUUAAAGACUUGUUAUACUUGGGAAGCAUUUAUGUGUAGCGCGGAACGGAGCAUCUGGCACGGAGUCGUAAGGAACACAUUCGGGGCGCUCUAUGUUACACGAUGGAGCUUCUCUAAUUAGAUGCGUAUAGACAUUCGAGAAAAAGAUUUAUAUCUUUACCAGAAAUACACGAUACCUAUGGUUUAUCUGUUUUGGUUCGAAAAUGAGCAACUGCUAGGUACAUAUAGGUACCUCCAAGUAAUAAUCCGGUACUCCAACUCUUCUAGGCAACCAUAUGUCGGCAAGAGAGAAGGGCUUUAUUAGAGGAUUACUUAGCGCAACAUGUGUACGCUAUAGUGGAUUUUAAGUGGACAGUUUAAAGACAUCUAAGACAGCGCCUUCUACAGGUGGCUGUCUGCGUACGCAAAAUUUGCUCCACCCCUCUUCCCGGUCUCCCGAAUACUAAGGUUGAAUCUUAAUCCUGAC